CCCUUGCUUUAUUUGUGGUGGAUUCAUUCCUUUCUUAGACACAUUUAACAGCAAGAUGCCAUAUUUUUGAAACAGAGUUUUUGCAUUGACAGAAUAGGAACUUGGAAAACGUUUGUGUUUAUUUAUUGUAAUUUGAAGCAUAUACUUUUGAGAAAACUUACAGAUUUUGGUGUGAUUUCCCCCUACUCCCACGUCUUACUUUAGAUGUGUGACGACACUGAUUAAAGGAACAGUUUUUGCCUUGGUCCUGGGAAGCAUUUGUUCUCUCCCUGUGAGUUUAAAAGUUCCAAAUAUGUGUUCUGUAACAGCCUGAUGUGGGAAAAAGGCUGCUGGGUAUUACUUGCAUAUUGACAUUAACGGAGAAUGGAGACUUUGAAAGCAUCACAUUAAUUUAUUGCAGUAUUUUGAAAUACAUAGUUUUGAGAAAGCUUACAGAUUUUGAUUCUCUUGAGAAUCAUUUCAGAGGUUACAGAACAGAACUGUGAAAAGGAGGGCUCGAUCACAGGUGCAGGUGAGUAGUUUUCUUCCUGCCUUUGUUUGUGUGUUCAGUGAUAGUUUGUGUCUGUCUCUGAGAGUGCUUCAUCUUAGUGCCUUUAUGAACAAGGAUACACCCUAUCUUUGAGGCCACAAAUCAAAAACAAUGAUUGGAUAUUCAGAAAAGAUUUCAACAAAGCAGGGAGAGGAAUGCUGAGGGAAGGGAAGGAAGGAGGCAUGCUGUCUUCAGCUUGGGAGCCGUUAGCACUUCUGCAGUUCAGCAGCUAUCAGUAGCACGCAUCCCUGCUCUGGGAAUAACACAAGACCAUUCUCACAGGUUGAACAUUUCAAGAUUUUGUAUCUUUUUGAAACCUAGAUGAAGAUCCAGUUUUGGACAUGAGGCUCUUUGGGUGAUCAUUUCAUUGAGAUCAACUUGAAUGACCAGGUGUAACGUGCAAGAGGAAUAUACUAUGACUGAGGGAGCUCAAAUUUUUUUAUUGCCAGUCUCUACUUCUUCUGAUUCUAAAGAAACCAUGUCUCCGGCAACCUCUAAAUGUCAGGAGUCCAGUCAAUUUUCAGACAGACUCAAGUUUGAAAAACAGCAGGAGGAAGCAGAAUGGGAGAGCAUAAAUGUGCUGCUGAUGGCGCAUGGCUUGAAACCUUUAUUCCUUGUCAAAAGGACGGAUCUAAAAGAUCUGAUCGUUUUUGACAAACAGUCAUCACAAAGGAUGAGGCAGAAUUUGAAAGUGUUGAUGGAAGAAACAGCAUGUCAGCAGAGCAUGAUACAGGAGCUCAUAGAAAGCAAUCAGCAGCUUAAAAACGAACUUCAGGUAGAGCAAAGCCGAGCAGCACAUCAGGAACAACGAGCAAAUGACUUGGAACAAGUUAUGGAGAGUGUGAAGUCCAAAAUUGGUGAAUUAGAAGAUGGGUCCCUUAAUAGAGUGUGCCAGCAACAGAACAAAAUCAAAGACCUGCAAAAGGAGCAGAAAAUGUUACAGGCCAAAUGUCAGCAUUACAAGAAAAAACGAGUGGAGCAACAAGAAAUCAUUACUGCUUUGCAAAACGAUGUUUACAGAUUGAGAAAAGAGGAAGAAGAGCGAGUCAUCACUCAGAACCAAGUGUUUUCCUAUCUGUGCAAGAGAGUUCCUCACUCCGUCUUGGAUAGACAGUUACUUUGCCUGAUUGAUUACUAUGAAUCUAAAUUUAGAAAACUCAAUGCAGAAAGACGAUAUAGAGAAGAUGGAAGCCAGUCAGAAGAAGAAAAGGAAUACAGAAGCAUGGAUUUCUCACCAAGUUAUAAAGGCCUUCUAAUGUCAUUACAGAAUCAACUCAAGGAAUCAAAGUCCAAGAUUGAUGCACUUUUAAGUGAGAAGCUGAACCUCCAAAAAGAUUUGGAAAGCAGGCCCACACAACAUGAAUUGAGACUUUAUAAACAGCAGGUGAAGAAACUGGAAAAAGCCCUUAAGAAAAAUGUCAAGUAA